CCAAUCCCCAAAAGUCUUCUCCAGAAUCCAGGGUCUCGCGUUGCCAAUCACCAUCAGCCGUUCUCACGUCACUAUGCGAGCUCUCCUCUCCCGCAUCCACCUGCACCCGCCCGCGGCCACCGCACCCUUCCUCCUCCCCACCUCCCCGGCCGCCUCCAAAACCCUCGCCCCGCUCCGCCUCGUCCGCCGCUUCGCCGCCAUGGCCGCCGGCGCCGCCGAGGAGUUCGUCAAGGGCCGCGUCUUCCCCAACGGCGUCGCCGUCAUCACGCUCGACCGCCCCAAGGCCCUCAACGCCAUGAACCUCGAAAUGGACAUUAGAUACAAGGCACUUCUUGAUGAAUGGGAAACAAAUCCAAGUGUCAAGUGUAUUCUCGUGGAAAGCAGCUCUCCCCGUGCCUUCUCAGCUGGGAUGGAUAUUAAGGGUGUUGCCGCGGAAAUACAAAAGGACAAAAACACACCACUUGUGCAAAAGGUUUUCACAGCAGAAUACUCGUUGAUUUGCAAGAUACAUGAGUAUGCAAAACCUUAUAUAUGCUUGAUGGAUGGAGUGACGAUGGGAUUUGGAAUUGGUCUGUCAGGACAUGGCCGCUACCGUAUUAUUACUGAGAAGACACUCCUAGCCAUGCCUGAAAAUGGUAUUGGCCUGUUCCCAGAUGUUGGCUUUGCUUACAUUGGUGCAAAAGCCCCAGGAGGGGGUGCAGUUGGAGCUUACCUUGGGAUUACAGGAAAAAGGAUAUCAUCACCUGCUGAUGCUCUAUUCAUAGGCCUUGGUACUCACUAUAUACCUUCUGGAAAUUUGGGGUCUCUGAAGGAAUCCCUCUUGAGUGCUAACUUUACAAAUGAUCCUCACAGAGACGUUGAGUCAGUCCUGACAGGAUACAAGAAAGCACCAGAAUCUGAGCCACAACUAGAAAAGCUUUUACCACAUAUCAUUUCUUCUUUCAGUCCUGAUAAGUCAGUUGCUGAAUCUGUGGAAGAGCUAAAGAAGCGUAGUCAAAGUGGUGAUGCUGCAGUGGCAGAAUGGGCCAAUGAAGCUUUAGCAGGAAUUAAGAAAGGUGCUCCAUUUUCUCUUUGUUUAACACAAAGGCAUUUCUCUCAAGUUGCAUCAGCGUACGGGAAUAGUGAACACUAUUUAGCUAAGCUGGCUGGUGUUAUGAAAAUGGAAUAUCGCAUUGCUUUGAGGUCGUCGGUUAGAAAUGAUUUUGUUGAAGGUGUACGUGCUGUUUUAGUUGACAAGGACCAGAAUCCAAAGUGGAAUCCAGCAUCUCUGGAAGAAGUAAACAUGGAUGAGGUUGAAUCAGUUUUUGAGCCAUUAGGUGCCGAGACUGAGUUGAGUGUGUGAGCUUUCCAUGGCAACAUGUUGGACUACCUGAACUUCAGUUUUCUUAUUCAUGGUGCAAUAAGAAGCAAUAAACUGAGAUACCUGCGUACUGAACCAAUAAAUAAUGUUUCUUCAGAAACUAAUUGAAGUGGCACUGAGAAUCCAGGUCUGCA